GAACUCUGAUCCCCCCUCAGGAGGAUAAAUGGCUGUGAAGAGUCUGAACACCUCACUCACACUCUACACACUCCAGACACGUUUCUCACCUGUGCACAGGACUAAAAGCUGCCAAAAUGUGCUGCAAGGGCUUCCUCAAGAUUAUGAUGUUCAUCUUCAAUGGGGUGAUCUUUCUUGCAGGUGGUGCGAUCCUGGGUGUAGGUAUCUGGGUGACGGUGGACAGCAGCUCCCUGCUGGGUGUUUUAGAUCAGAUUAAAGAUGCGCCGCCUGAGUUAGCGCAGCUGGCUAAUGUAGGCUACCUGCUGAUCGCUGUGGGGGCCAUACUGGCCAUCAUGGGCUUCCUGGGCUGCUGUGGAGCCAUAACAGAGAGCAAGUGCAUGCUCCUCACAUUCUUCAUCAUCGUGCUACUCAUCUUCAUCGCAGAGGUGGCCGGGGCCAUCGUUGUCUUUGUGUUCCAGCCCCUGGCAAAAGAACUGUUGCAGAAGGUCAGCGACAGCUUUGUUUUGACCAUCAGGGAAAAUUAUGGAGAAGAAAAAACCUUUACAUCACUGAUGAAUGACACUAUGACUGAGCUGAAAUGCUGUGGAUUUAACAACUACACAGACUUUGACGGAUCCCCUUUCUUAAAGAACACUUCGCAUUACCCUGUGACCUGCUGUCUGGAAACCUCCACAGCAUGUAGUCUCACAGAAGCAAGUGAACAGGAAGUGAAGGGUUGUUUUGAUGCUAUUUUGGACCUGUUGGAAGACAACGCUGCUCUGCUGGGAGGAGUGGCCCUUGGCAUUGCUGCAUUGGAGAUUGCUGCAAUGGUGGUCUCCAUGGUCCUGUACAAUAACGUGGGUAAAUAACGACAAAGCCUGUGAUUCACCAAGAAGCGACAUAUGCACUUCCUAACUGAACUGUUGUACUACUGUAAGAAGAAAAUCAAUGCACUAAAUUUACUUAUAUCACUUUUCAGUCAAGUAAAUUCGGUGCAUCACAGUUUUUCAUUAUGUUCGAACUACUAAAAGCGAUUCAACAUAACAUGCUAAUGCUAAUGAAUGAGAGUCAGGAGGAACUAGCGAGCUAGCACUGCCUCAUUUCUGCCAGUGGGCUACACUGAUUAGCUUUUAUUAUUAUUAUUAGCAACAU